GUAUACGGAUUUGUGGGCUUCAGUUUCUCCGUGUACUGCAGAUAACAUUUUAUGUUCCUGGUUACCUACUCAUACAGUUGUUGCUGUACUUUUUGAAGGACAACAUUGUUGAUAAUCAUCAGCAGAUAAGGUGGCCAGAUUAUGAGAGGAUUCUGAAUAUUAAAAACAGCACAUAUUCCAGAUGGUGAGAGCUGGAAACUGAAUGUCUCUUAGCAACAGAACAACAGGCACUAAAAGGCUAUAGUCUCAUAGCAAAGCCUUCAUCUGUGCGGAAGAAGCCUAGACAAUGAUGCAGUAGGUGAAUUUGCAAUGGAAGAGUUGCAUAGGAGCAGAGCCACUGAGCUGUAAGUUAAUAUGAUUAAUCCAAAAGCUGCUACACACUGGGAGAAAAAUGACAGCAGCAAGCUGCUGGGUGAGCAGCCUCCCAGUUACGGAACUCUCCAGCAGGCCAGAAUCCGAUCCUGCAUGGAAGUAGCUGGAUACCAAAGGGUAACAUGGCGAGUCUGGCUCUGUCAUUUAUUUUCGGUGCUAACACUAGGAUUGCUGCUACUUCUGUUCCAUUGGAAACCAAUUCUAGAGGUUCUGGCAAAAUGUCGCCCUUGCCCUUUGCAUCAAGCAGACUGGGUUGUCAUCAAAGACUCCUUUGGUCAGCAGUUUACAGCACCAGUUCAGACGCAAGAGAUAAGUGAAGACAGCCUACCCCACAGCACUGGGUCCAGACUAGAAGACGGCGUGAAUAAUGUAGCCAUUGGUGUGUCUGAAGAGGAAGACUGGAGGGACACCAUCCAGCUUCAUAAGACAGAUGAGAAAAUAUUGCUCCGCUACUACAAGUUUCAGGGUCUCCGCUACAUCUGGAUAGAGAAGAGAGGACAGUUUUGCAAACUCAGUGUUGUUGAUGAAGGAUGGACAUGUGGAGACAUUCACCGUCACAAGUUCGGACUCAGUCGACAAGACCAAAAAGCAAAGCAAAACAUUUAUGGACCAAAUGUCAUUGAUGUGCCAGUAAAGUCCUACCUCAAGUUAUUAGUGGAGGAGGUGCUGAACCCCUUCUACAUUUUCCAGAUCUUCAGUAUAAUUCUGUGGAUGUAUGACCGGUAUUAUUACUACGCUGUCUGCAUUUUUGUGAUUUCAGCAAUAUCCAUUGGCGUAUCACUCUAUGAAACUAGAAAGCAAAGCGUAACCUUGAGAAAUAUGGUAAAGAUGACUGUCAGUGUAAAGGUGCGAAGAGCUACUGGGGAAGAAGAACUUAUUAACUCCAUGGAGCUUGUCCCUGGUGAUUGCAUUAUUAUUCCAACAGAUGGUAUUCUGUUUCCAUGUGAUGCAGCACUUUUAACAGGAGAAUGCAUGGUAAACGAAAGCAUGUUGACAGGGGAAAGUGUUCCUGUAAUGAAGACAUCCUUACCAAGUGACAGAGAGACUAGUAGUACUGUGUACUCUCCAGUGGAUCACAAACGUCAUACUCUGUUCUGCGGAACUCAGAUCAUCCAAUCCAAAUCCUUUGAUGGGGAGCAGGUCAUUGCAGUGGUAACUAGAACAGGUUUUUAUACUGAAAAGGGGGACCUCAUCAGCUCCAUACUAUACCCAAAGCCGAUUGGUUUUCGAUUCUACAAGGAUGCCAUGAAAUUUGUACUUUUCCUUGCUGUUCUAGCUGCGAUCGGUGAUAUAUACAGCAUUGCGAUUCUGGUAUACAACGAGGUGUCAGUAUCUCAAAUAGUAGUCAUGGUUCUGGACCUCGUAACUAUUGUUGUACCACCUGCUCUCCCAGCUGCCAUGACUGUUGGAACUAUCUAUGCUCAAAGAAGACUAAAGAAGCAUGGGAUAUUCUGCAUCAGCCCUCCACGAAUUAAUAUCUGUGGCAAAGUCAAGCUCUUCUGUUUUGAUAAGACUGGCACACUGACAGAGGAAGGACUUGAUAUUUGGGGUGUUGUACCUGUGGACAAUAAUGUAUUCCAGCCAAUCGUGCACGAACCUCGACUUCUUCCUGAAUGUCCUUUAUUGCACAUGCUUGCAACCUGUCAUGCAGUAACUCUUCUGAGUGAUCGUCCCAUUGGAGAUCCAUUAGAUAUGAAAAUGCUUGAAUCCACAGGAUGGUUUAUUGAUGAAACCACUGAUACACAAGCAGUAGCAGAGUAUGGGACUAAAGUUGCAGCGGUUGUGAAACCACCACCACUGGAAGAACAGCCCCAUGGAGAAAAACAUGUGAAGAAAGUUGGAAUUCUUCGCAGAUUUCCAUUUGCCUCAUCAUUGCAGAGAAUGAGUGUGAUCACCAAGCAGGCUGGGCCUGUUACACCCGUAGCUUUCAUGAAAGGGUCACCAGAGAUGGUAGCAAGUUUGUGUAGAAAAGAAACAGUUCCUCUUGAUUUCUCUGAGAUGUUACGACACUACACCAAAGAUGGUUUUCGAGUCUUGGGACUUGCUUGCAAGAUACUAACUACAGUUACAAACCUGGAUGAAAUUCCAAAGCUGCAGAGGGAUUUUGUGGAAAGUGAAAUGAUGUUUUUGGGAUUUUUAGUAAUGAAAAAUGUUCUGAAGCAGGAAACUACACCAGUAAUUAAUACUCUGAGGAAUGCAAACAUUCGCACUGUCAUGGUAACAGGAGACAACAUGCUGACUGCUGUAAAUGUGGCACGUAACUGUGGAAUGGUAGGACCAAAGGAAAAGAUCAUCUUUGUUAGUGGCUCACCUGCUACUCGCAGCAAACCAGCGACACUAAAGUUCAUACUUUCUGAUCCCAUGACAGAACAACAGGAACUGGUAGAGACAUUAUAUCAACAGGGAAAUGGAUGUCUCAGUCAGAUUUACCAUUUUGCUGUGAAUGGGAAAUCAUUUGCUGUAGUGCGUGAACAUUUCCCAGACUUGUUGCCAAGGAUCCUGGUUCGAGGAACAGUUUUUGCACGCAUGUCUCCUGACCAGAAAACUGAGCUGAUUCAGAGUUUACAGAAAUUAAAGUACUGCGUUGGAAUGUGUGGAGAUGGAGCUAAUGACUGUGGAGCUUUGAAGGCUGCAGAUGCUGGCAUAUCCCUUUCAGAGGCUGAAGCUUCUGUUGCAUCUCCAUUUACCUCUAAAAUGGACAACAUUGAAUGUGUACCACUGGUCAUUCGGGAAGGUCGGUGUUCUCUAAUCACUUCGUUUGGUGUGUUUAAAUUCAUGGCAUUGUACAGCAUCACACAGUUUGUUUCUGUCCUUUUGCUGUACACUAUCAAAACAAAUCUCGGAGACUUUCAAUAUUUGUAUCUUGACCUGAUAAUAACUACAACUAUUGCUAUCUUGAUGGGUAGGACUGAACCUGCAAGCCAACUUGGUCAGCAUCGCCCACAAGGAACCUUGAUAAGCAUUCUUGUGCUGAGCAGUCUCCUGCUGCAAACUGCGCUUGUAAUUAUUAUACAAACAGUUGCAUACUUUAUCACAACAUCAAAGGACUGGUUUAUUCCAUUGAAUAUGACUGUGACAGCCCCUUUAAAUUUGCCAAACUAUGAGAACACUGCAGUUUUUUGUGUCUCUGGUUACCAGUAUAUCAUCCUAGGUGUCGUCCUGUCAAAAGGAUAUCCUUUCAGAAAACCUCUUUAUACUAAUGUGUUAUUUCUAGUGGCCCUCAUAAUCCUAACAGCUUUGAUGAUUUGGAUAACUGUCUAUCCACUGGCGUUCAUGAGGAAAAUUCUUACACUUGCAUAUAUUGAAGAUAUUCAGUUCAAAAUGAUUCUAUGUGGGAUUGCAGCAAUUAAUUUUUUUACUGCUUUUUUGUUGGAGACUGUCAUAGAUGAGGGACUUUUUCAAUGCCUCAGACGACUGUACACCAGAAAAGAGUCCAAAAAGCCUUACAAGAGACUAGAAAAAGAUCUCUGCCAGCAGCUUUCUUGGCCUCCACUGAAUGAUGUUAUUCAGGCUACAUCGGGAGUAGCUAUACGGAUCAGCUAGCGAAGUCAGAGAAUUAAAGACUCUACUACUGUUUAAGCUUUUACAGUUUGUUUCCGAGGAUAAGUGACCCGCAAUUUCCAUUACUUGAACACACUGAAAAAAAUAUAUCUUGUUUUAACAAGACAAAUGCAAAAAGAAAAAUCUGUCUUAAAACGGGAACAAAAAUGUAAAAGCGGUUGCCAAUAUUGUUUACCCUGAAAUUCUGCAGACUACAACUGUGCAGGUGCUUCUUGUUACAUGAUAUAUCCCAGACAAUUGCACUACAAACUGUUUGUGAACUGUGAAGUCCGUAUGAAUUUAGUGUGAACGAAGUGACUUUUAUUAAUUCUUAUACCCUAAACUAGAUUUCUGAAGCAUUUAUUUCCUACAGGACACAGGUAUAGUAUUUAAAUAAUGUCUGUGUUAGGUCAACAUAGAUAUUACAAUUAUAACAACUGAAAUGGAUGGAAUGGUCCAGGUAUUGAGCUACACAGUUUACUAAGGUUAACUGUUGUGCAGUUGUUUGCUUUGGUAACUGUGUCCCCUGGGAGGGCAUUUUAACUUCUUAGUGGCCAUAUUCAGAAACAGUGAAAUAUAAAAAAAAAUGAAAUUUCAAGAAUGGAUUGGUUAGAAUUCUUAAAAGCAGCAGUGGCUAUUGUUUAGAAGAUGGUGUUGAUUAUUGCAGGCCAGUGAAGUUUUAGCAUGUUACUGCUAAGUGUAUUUUGUGAGAAUCUCCAGUUUGCAGACUGUGGAGGGCUGGGUGGUCUUGAUUAUCUGAGGUAAUAUUACUUGUUUCUGUACGUAAUCAUGUAGAACAGUCUAUAGUAAUAUAUGAAGUGAUGUUGGGUUAAGUGCAAAGGCAAGAAAGUUUGACUGAUGUUGCAGUCCCCCACCAUUUGCAGACAGUUGUGCACAUAGUCAUUCUCUCAUAUACACACGUCUCACCUUCAUACUUCUUUUCUUUCUGAUAGUCUUUUGGAAGCAGGAUUUCUUCAUAAGACUGAUGCUCACUGCACUGCUGCUGUUGCAUGAUGUGACUUGCAUUAUAGUUUCCCAGUUUCUCAACAUGACCCUAAAAUAUAUGCACUUAUGAAUGACAGUGCUGCCAUCUUUAUGAAACAUAGGAAAUAAUCAUGGUAGAUGUACUGAAUGGGCUCUCCAUUCAACAUAAUGGGUACAUAAACAAUGUACAGUGCCAUUCCAAAAUAUUAGAUGUUCAGAUGACCUUGAAGAAGAAGCAGUUAGACUGCUGCAGAGUCACUUUCAGAAUACUCAGGUAAUUGUGGUCAUGGGAUGUUAUCAUCUAACAACUGAUGUGAAUGCUGAGCAAAAUGUAUACUGUAACUGUGUAGUCUGAAACCACUAAAUGUUGCUGCUCAUUAGAAGACUUCAUCAGUAAUAGUUUUAUUUUCAAAACCAGCAUUAUUUGUUUACCUUUCAUUUGACUUCCUUGACAGGAUAUUCUGUUUCUUCUGAAACUCUACACCUUUUCAUUGACAGGAUAUUCUGUUUCUUCUGAACCUCUACACCUUUUCAUGAGGACUAUUUGUACAGUUUGACAAAAGCCAGUUCCACUUAGCAAAGGGGCUUUCUGUGCCAGUAACCAUUUCCUGUAGUCCGGGCACAGUUGUGUCCAGUGAAUGUUGGAAGUCUUGACAUUGUGUCUGUAGUUUGAGAAGGCAUUACAUCUUCAGCUGUAUGAAGCUGAGGACCAAACAGACGAGCAGUUUGCCAGCUGAUUUCUUUCCUGUGGGGAGGGGGGAUAACUGUUACUGUUCUUCCUCAGACCUAGUACACUAUUUGCCCAAACUAUUUUCCUUUCAGUUCUGUCCUCCUCCAUAUGCAGAACAUUUGCACUUGGGUGUGCUUGGUCUCCUGAUCUGUGUACCCAUAAAAAUAUGCAGUUAAAAAAAAAUUGCGUAUUCCUUUCAGCAUAGUAUAGAAAAUUAUUCAUUGUUGUCUUUUGUGCCAUUGUAUAUUCUAUCAUGCUGUUUCUGUUAUUCCUCCAAAACUCUUGCCUGUUAACCAUUUCUCCUGUCGUCUUCGCUCAUCAAAGGUUAUUGUGAAUUAAUGCAGUUCGGUAAAGCUUGCCAGCAUGUUGUGGCAUGAACUGUUGGCCACAAAUGUUGUGAACAACAAAAACACUUGAUGAAGAAACGAACCACCACUUUUCCAGUGAUAUCCCUGCUCCAAUUGCAUUAAGAAUGCAUUUAUUCAAUACUCCAACUUUAAAUAAACAGCCACAAAAACAAUUUGAAUUUCAGUAAGAGCCAGUUCAUAUAAUGCAAGCUAAAAUAGCAGCUAAUAACACCAAUGCUGUAAACUCGUAGCGCCUUGGCCAAAUAGCCUUUACAGAGUAACUAAAACAUUCCCAAUACACAUCUUUAUAUAAUGAGCGUUAAUUAACCAAUUACAUACUUUUCUAAACAAUUCUAUUAUCAAUUACAUUCAUUAAUAUAACUGCUGAAUAAGUACUGUUUCUAUUUAAUACAUUCAAGUGUAUCUACUCAAAAUAAAACUUUUCCAAUUGCUUUCCCGAUUAAGUCCUAUGGGUUGCAAUGUAUUAUAUUUAAGAGUUAUAGUAGAUUCCUUCUUCCUUAAAAGAUACUUCAUCCUAUUUUCACUAAUAUUUAGCAUUAAUUUGUUCUAAAAUGGUAACUUUAAAUUUUAAAGGGGUCCCUCCAUGUUUUUUAUUACUAUGUUCUACCAACGGACUAAAUAUUUUAUGAUUUUUCAUAUCUCUAACAUGCUUUUUUAUUCUUUCUGUUAAAACUCUUUUUAGUUUCUCCUUUAUAAAAUUUAUUACAUUCACAUUUAAUAGCAUAAAUCACCCCCACACUUUUAUAUGUAAAACAUUUCGUAUCAAAUUUAAUUCCAUUUAUUUCCUCAAAACUGUAAGUAAUAUACUGACAAAAAGAACAAUUUCCACUUAUUUGUGUUCCUGUAUUUACCAUAAAAUUCUCUAUAUUUUCUUUUGUUUUUUUAUAAACACUGUGCACUAGGAAAUCUUUAAGAUUUGUACCUUUUGAUAGGAAAACCUAAACUGUACAUUCAUAAGUGGAGGGUCCUUCCUUUUUCAUACUGUUCCACAAGCCUUUAAUAAGUUUUUGUAAUAUGUCUGAAAAAAUACUGUAUUUAGACACAUGAGCCAUUGUUCAUUCUACAUCCCAAGUUUUAUCAUCAUUACUCCACCAAUUAUGGUUAUAUUUUAUUUUAUCAUUUCUUAACUUGUGUCCAAACACUUUAUUAUAACAUUCUUUAACUGUUAAUUCAGUAUAACCUCUUUAUGUAAACAUGUUACUGGUUUCUGAUGCCUAAUUCUAAAUCACAACACAAUCUUUUAAUUAACAUUUCUCCAUAUGGUAAUGAUUCAAUUGUAUGUGCAGGAUGACAACUGUUACCAUUAGAACACAUAAUUAGGUGUAUCAAAUUUUCUUUAUAUACGUGUUCUUAUUUGCCAUUUGUCAUCCCCUCUAAUGUUAAAUCCAAGUAGUUCACUUUAUGGCCUUCUUGUAAACCAUCAUAUUUAGUUAGGAAUCUACUAUUAUUUAAAUACUCAAUAAAAAUAUUGACUUGAUCUUUUCCACCUUUACAAAUGAAUAUCAAAUUGUCUAUAUAACGAAAAUACUUCACAACAUAUUUUUUAUAAAAUUAACUCCUAUAAAUAUGACUAUAACCAGGCCCAUAAAAAGAUUUGCAUACAUGGGGGCAAGUGCUACCCCCAUUGCCGUCCCUUGUAACUGCUGAUAGAGUUUGUCAUUAAAUUCAAAAAUAUUAGACAAGCAGAAAUGUGUUAGUUCCUUAAUAUAUUGAGUUUUAAGGCUGUCCCCCAUGAAGUAAAUAAGUGAUUCCAUGCCCAAAUGAUGUUGUAUGCUGGUAUAUAGACUAACAACAUCUAUUACCAAAAAAUGUAUAUCUGAUUGCCAGCAUAUCUGCUUCAGUUUAUCCAACAAAUCAAAAGAAUCUUUAAUAUAUGCUGGCAAUUUAACCACUGUAUUAACCAAACAUUCAUGUAGUAAACAGCCCACAUUAUAUGUAAAGGAACCAAUAUCUGAAACUAUAGGUCGUCCUGGAAGAUAUGUUGCAUUCUUGUGUAUUUUAGAAACACAAUAAAAUUUAGCAAUCACACUAUCUUUGCUGCUAAAUUUGUCAUUAACACCUUUUUUAGAAAAUAAUUUAAGCGUAUUCCUUUAUAUAAUUAUUUAUAAUUAUCAAUUGCCUUUAAAUGUCUUGCUUUGGACACUUGACAGUAUAUAGUAACAUUAUUUAAGUGAUCCAUACACGUCCUAUAAGAAUUCUGAUUUUCCAUGACGACUAAUUUACCCCCCCUUAUCUGAGGGUUUGAAAACCAAAUUGACAUUUUCACUUAACUGUUUCAAGCUUAACCAUUCCUGCUUAGUCAUAUUAUACAUUCUAGCUUUUUUAUUAAAUUCAAUCAUUUCCUUAUCUAACAUGACAUUAACAGCUGUAUUAAAUCGUAAAAUACUUUCAUUUUUACAAGGCGGUAUAAACUUGCUAUUAACUUUAAUACAAGACCUAUCUAGUUUACUAUAUGCAUUAGCUUCUAUGUCUGAGUCACAUGAGUAAAAACUUUCGUCAGAUUUAGAAUCACUGGUAUUACCUGAUUCUAUAUUAUCAGUUGUUUUAGUUUCAAAAAAAUAUUCCUUUGUAUGCAUUUUGCGUACUAAUGUGAAAAUUUCACUCUUCAAUUCAUAAGGUCUAGGAAUUACUGUUGGAAUAAAUUUUAGACCUGUGUUUAAAACAGACAUUUCCCAUUUGUUAAAUACAUAACUAGAUAAAUUAACAACAUAAGGGUCUGAAUUAUCAGUCCGUACCUGACUAAUAUGUCCAUUUUCCACGUUUGUUAUAUUGUCCAUAACUUUGUUCUCUAUUACCACCUUGUCCAAACUAUGUUCUUUUCUUACUAGCUCCUUUGUUGCUAAUUGACUCGCAUAAUGUCCUGAAAGAGUCGCCUUGUUGUGGGGCUGGCAAGCGUGGAAACUGUUCUUCCUUAUCUCGUUCAUCGGCUGAAAAUGAAUGUAGUGAAUUUAGUGGCCAUACACUUGGAAGUCUUGGCAUUGUGUCUGUAGUUUGAGAAGGCAUCACAUCUUCAGCUGUAUGUAGCUGAGGACCAGACAGACAAGCAGUUUGCCAGCUGAUUUCAUUCUGGGGGGGGGGGUAACUGUUACUGUUCUUCCUCAGACCUACUUUGCAGCUGUUACACUAUUUGCCCAAACUAUUUUUCCUUUCAGUUCUGUCCUCCUCCAUGUGCAGAACAUUUGCACUUGGGUGUGCUUGGUCUCCUGAUCUGUGUACCCAUAAAAAUAUGUAUUUAAAAAAAUGUAUUUGUGUAUUCCUUUCAGCAUAGUAUAGAAAAUUAUUCUUGUUGUCUUUUGUGCCAUUGUAUAUUCCUUCAUGCUGUUUCUGUUAUUCCUCCAAAACUCUUGCCUAUUAACCAUUUCUGCUGUCCUCUUCACUCAUCAAAGGUUACUGUGAAUUGAUGCAGUUCGGUGAAGCUUGCCAGCAUGUUGUGGCAUGAACUGUGGGCCACAAAUGUUACUGUGUGAUUUGCAGAAAAAUGUACUGCAGAACUUUGUUUCAUCGUAUCAGACUUCCAUAUUCGAUAUAUUACAGUUAAAAUUUUAAUCUAGCCUGAUGAUUGAAGCAAAGUUUCAGUGCUCCGUGUAUGUGUGUAUGUAUAUAUAUAUAUAUAUAUAUAUAUAUAUAUAUAUAUAUAUAUAUAUAUAUGGUGGCAGGGUGUACCAUGUGCACAAAUGCACUUUUAGAAAUAAAAAUGUGGUUAUUUGUAAGAAAGUGUCUUCAGAAUGAUAUCCUAAAAGUUAGAACUGCUAAACUGUAAACUUGUUAAUAUGGGUAUGUCUCAUAGCAAGCACUGGCAUAUUUAUAACCCAUGUUAUUAUAUUUUUAUGCAGAAGUUUAAACACAAGUAUCCAUUUUAAAGAUAUCAUGAAUACAGCAUUUGCUCCAUUUAUAAUCACAAUGUGUUUUCUUCAAAAGUUGACCUCGCAUAUGAUUUAUCAAAUCCCUUUUAGGUAGGGGCUGCUCAUCUCUGCCCUUGUCUACCGGAAUAGAUUCCCUAGCAGGCUGUAUUUGAAUUGUGGUAUGCUGAUGUCAGACAGAAGCGGAUUAAUUAGUUUGUGGAAAUUUGUGUCAAUACAUGUUAUAAUGUGGUUAUUUAUGCUGUCUUUAUCCAAGUAUUCAGCACAUUUAUGGAACAGCACCUCAUUAAUGUGGCAUGCAUUCUGUUUGUCUUGUCGAAAUUGUGCCUUUUCAAUAUUGUUUUGCAGGGGAUUUGCAGUUGUUAAUUUCCCUUGUUCAUUAACUUUGUGAACUGACAGUUUCAACUAUAAGCUUCACCAAAUACUCAUAUUAAGGCACUCUUUCAGUAUUGAUCAGUACUAGUUUUCAGUAUUUAACUACAGCCUUUCAAAAUAAACAUUUCUCGUACAUCUUGAUAAACAUGACAAAUGCCACUUUUAUAAAAUGGUCAGAACUAUAUUGUAAGAUUUUUAGUCUGAAAUUGUAUUCUUAUCCAUGUGCUGCAUAUGAUGAUUAAUGUUUAUAUCGAGAUUUGUGGGUCAGGGCCAUAGGCAAGCAAUUCAGCAUCCAUAAGGCAUCUUUAUUUGAUGAAGCCAUACAGUCUUAUUUCGUGAUUUCUGUACUGCUUCUGAAACAUUUAAGAAUUUGUUAAUUUUUCUUUCAAUAUGAACAUUUUUUUUUGUUCUGAAUACAUAUGAAUUUGAAACUGAACUGUAUUCAGUGUAAUUCCAGUAUCUUACAUUUUAAAAAGUACUGUCUGCUUUGAACAUGUUAUCAUGGAUGGCAUAAAUGUCACACAAUAAAUUUAGUUUUACAGAUAA